AAUAAACACGAAGAAGAAAAAGAACGCGAGGUAAAGAAAAAAGAAGAAGAAGUUGGAGGGCAGGGAACAGCGUGAAUAGUUCCAUCUUGCUAUUACAGGAGCAUCCAUCAGAAUCACAUCAGCCAUUUUACUUUGUAAGAAAAUCCACAAGAAUGCUUCGGAGGGUGCCAGCACAGCUGCUGGGGCAGAUUGUCAGACACAGUUCCACAGAUGCCAGCCUCAUUUUGGAGAGAUCAAUUAAUAAAGUACAGCUGUUGGGUCGUGUCGGCCAGGACCCUGUUAUGAGACAGGUUGAUGGCAGAAACCCUGUCACAAUCUUCUCAAUGGCCACUAAUGAAGUGUGGCGCUCUGGAGAGGGAGAGGCCACACAAACAGGAGAUGUCAGUCAGAAAACAACAUGGCACAGAAUCUCUGUGUUCAAGCCAGGUCUGAGAGAUGUGGCCUAUCAGUAUGUAAAGAAAGGGUCUCGAAUUCUUGUUGAGGGAAAGCUGGACUAUGGAGAAUAUGUGGAUAAAAACAGCGUAAGGCGACAAGCCACCACCAUCAUUGCAGACACCAUUGUCUUUUUGAGUGACAACGUACGGGAUAGAGACUAGGACAUUUGUUCUGAAAAUUAUGUUGAGGAUAUAUUAUACAAAUUUGUUACUUUUACUUUUUGUGACUGCAUUGCUUAUCAGCUGUAAAAACUAAACAGUCACCUUUAUUACCAUUGGGUCAGACUUCCAAAUGUGACAAGGUGCUAAUAAAAUGCACGUUUAUUAAGUAUACAAAUCUGAGAUAACAUUAAUUGUAUUGGCGACAACAAUAUUCACUACUGAUACAUUGUUGAUGGUAUUACUUUACCAAAAGAACAUGUUUUUUUCUUUACUGAUGUCUUUUUCUAAUGUUUUGGUAUCUUUAGUUUUAGAACUUAAAUCUAACUAAUCUAAAUGGGAUACUUAAAUCUAACUGAUUUUACUAAUUUUAGUAUUGUCUGUAGUUGCCUUAAACUGAGGAAACUUCUAUACAGCCAUUUACUGACCAUAAUUAACAUGGCAAAAAACUGUAUUGCAUUUUAAUAAAAAAUA